AUGAACCAUUUAGAUGGCUUUCACAUUAUGAUAGUUUCGAAAUACUUUUCUUCUUUCCAAGACUUCAUAUCUCUUGAAUUAGUAUGUAAGAAAUACGCUUCAACUAUGUCUAAGUUUCAUUACAACCCAAUUCCUCUUACCCGAAGUAAACUGAUUUUUUUCGAAAAUUUAGAGACUUUAAUUCUAUGGCCACAAAACAAUUUUUUGGCUUUUAAACACUUGACAUCAUACUUUUACAGGGAGUUUUACCGGAUUAUUGUCUACGAAGAAGUUGACUACAAAACUGCUAUAAACAUGCUCGACAUGUAUUCCGAAAACAAAUUCCAAUCAAUUAAAGACACUUGUGUUCGAAUGCACUCUAUUAUUUUCAAAAAUGUUGUGUACACACAAAAAGACAAAAUUGCUUUCAACAGUCAUUUGUCUGAUUUGGUCACCAAAAUCGAUGAAAAGUGCUUUUUUAAUGAACAAGAAAUGAAAUCCAUAAAUAUACAAACUACAGCCACGUGUAUUAAUAACGAAUCUUUCUUACUAUGUACUUCUCUCACAUCUUUUAUAUUUCCAUUGUCACUGAGACGAAUAUGUGAUAAAUCAUUUGUUGAAUGUCGAUCGUUAGUCGAGGUGGUCUUCCCAAGUCGACUCACCUCUAUUGGGUCACUGUGUUUUUAUACAUUUAAAACCUUCUAUCAAAAAUUAAUUGGAGCUUUCCAAGACUGUCAAAACUUAAGUUGUAUAAAAUUGCCAAGUCGUCUCUCUGAAAUUAGUUAUAUAGCUUUUUCAGGCUGUCAAGAAUUAUUAGACCUUAAUAUUCCCAAGAGUGUCGAGUCACUCAAAAAAUUUGGUCUGAAGAGUAUUGGAGAAAUUUGUUUCAAUGGGUGUAUCUCAUUGAAUACAAUAGAAAUUCCAGACUCUGUGACUGAAAUUGGUUGGCAGGCCUUUGCCGAGUGUACACAACUCCAAAAAGUUGUGAUGUCAAAGUCACUCACCACGUUAAAUAGAGAAACUUUCAAAAAUUGUUUUUCCCUAACUGAAUUUGAGUUUGCGUAUGGGACUAAGUCGAUAAAAGUAUUCAACCGUCGUGCUUCAUUGGUUGCGGGGUUUUAA